AUGGUUGAAUCGGGCACUAUCAGCCGGACCAGCCCCGGGUCGGCUUCGAUCGUCGCGGCAACCGGCGGCGUCCGGAGCGGGAUCCUGGAAACGCGGGUCCGAGGCGCCUGGUACCGGGUAUCGGUCAGCCUCGAGACGGAGUACAUCUCCGUCAGUCUCGAUGAGGCCUGCGAACCGAUCGAUCACUCGACCACACUCAACGGAACGCUAGGGAGCAACCACAGUGGCAACAAUGGGUCGAACAACUCAUCGCAACCUUCGUCGACCGGUGCCUCGGGACCCUCGAUUCACUCGUCGGAAAAUCUGAACGGAGCAACCACACCGGCCGGGAACCCGCCGGGCGGUGGCGGUGCCAAUGGUGGCGCGGGCAGUAUCGGAUUGGCCAACGGGACGGGCGUUAGCUCAACCGCUCCGGGCGGCAAUAGUGGUGGUAGUGGUGGCCCCGGCACUGGUGCUGGUAGUGGUGGCCCGGUAGGAAGCCUAAAUGGCGAUAAUUUCCUCAACAAUAACAACAACGGCGGUAGUGGCAGCAGCAACGGGACAACCGGCACAACAACGACGGCGGGCAGCACGAACGGCACCAAUGGGAACCACGUUGGUGGCGGUAUAGGUGGAGGUGCCAACAACAACCACAACAGCAACAACAACAGCAUCGACAAUGGUAUCGCCGAGAUCUGCGACGUGCCGGACUCGGUGGCGAACCAGAAGCGACACGUGCGCGUCAUCAAGUCGGACAACAACGGACUUGGGAUCUCGAUCAAGGGUGGGCGUGAGAACCGGAUGCCAAUUUUGAUCUCGAAAAUUUUCCGCGGCAUGGCGGCGGACAACGCGAAGGGCCUGUAUGUCGGAGAUGCGAUCCUGUCGGUGAACGGCGAGGACUUGCGGGACGCAACACACGAGGAGGCGGUACGGGCGCUGAAGCGGGCCGGACGUGUCGUCGAUCUGGAAGUGAAGUUCCUGCGCGAAGUGACACCGUACUUCCGGAAGGCGAGCAUCAUCUCCGAGGUUGGCUGGGAACUGCAGCGAGCCUUCCUGUGUCCACUCGGCCCCAACGCAUCCUCGCCACCCGGAGUGGCCCCCCGGAGUCCACCGAGGGCGGACACCCGCUACAUCCCGCUGCAGCUGACGCACCUGGCGCGCAACCUCAAGUACCACGAUCCUGAAAACCGGUGCAUAGAGCUACACUCACCGGAUGGCAUCCACUCGUGCAUCCUGCGAGCGAUGGAUCCCCAGGAGGCGGCCACAUGGUUCAACGCGCUACACUCCGCCAUCGGCAAGAGCACUCAGAAGGCGCUGCUGGAUGCGAACCGGGCCCUGGUUUCGAUCAUCGGCGAACUGAAGCACAUCGGCUGGCUGAGCCGGCGGAGCGGCGGCGAGCAGAACGGACGCUCCAGCUCCGAGAGCUCCGACGAGCUGGACAAAUGGCAAUCGAUUUUCGUUGCAGUAACCGAUCGAGAACUACGCCUGUACGAGAGCGCCCCCUGGUCGGUGGAAGCGUGGAGUAGACCCUUCGAAAGCUGCCCCCUGGUGGCCACUCGGUUGGCCGGGGCCGGCAACACAUCGACCGUCAGCUCCAACUCGAGUACACAUUCGAGCGUGUUCUGCAUCCGGUGCGGUACGACACGCGGCGUCGUCAGCCAUUGGUUGCGCUCCGAGACGAACCGCGACAUGGCGACGUGGGCCCGGGUGCUGGUGCAGGGCUGCCACAAUGCGAUCGUCUGCCAGCGGGAGUUCUCCUUCAGAUGUCUGUUUCAGGGUCGACCUUGUCAAUUAAUAGUGCACCUGGACCGUGGGUUCACGCUGCUGGACAGCGGACUCGGUCCCGCGUCGAAGGCGCUCUGGUCGUUUCCGUUCGACAAGCUGAAAGGUUCGGCCGACGAUGGCAACAAGUUGCUGUUUUUGGACUUUAUCGGCCCGGAGGAGGCCGGCGGCGGUGGCGGCGGAGGCGAGCUGGAACUGGACAUGGAGUGCUGCCCGAAGCCGGUGGUGUUCGUUCUACAUAACUGUCUGUCGGCCAAAGUGCACUCCCUGGCAUAAGGCCGCCUGGUGGCUACUCCAAGCUGACUCCACAGAGGGUUCGCAUCCCGUUGGCUCAGACCGAGCCUUAGUCAUUCACCAUGUUUACAGGAGUUCUCGUGACGGGCCGACCCGGAACCGGACCCAACCCUUGCUUUGAUGUAAUCUGUAAAUAUGGUCAUCAAACGUUCACCAGUCCGCCGGAGUGGGACUCCGGUCGGUCCCAGGUCCCAGUCAGUCGGUCAGUUAGUCCGCGCAGUAAGGUGACAUUUAAAGAUUUAUAUCCAGAAGAGAGGAGUCCCACGGUGGGCCUCCCGCGAGAAUCCAUCUCAGUCAUCCCGGGGCAUAGGUAAUUCGGUAGAGCAGCAGCAGCAGCAGCAGGUCGUUUAGGGCAAAUGUUUUGUUUUUGUUACUUGUUUGCAGCACACUGCAGUUGUACAGUUCUGUCGUUCUGUUUGUUUCUAGUUUGUAGACGUGUAGAACGUAGCCGGAACGCCGGUCCGUAACUUCCACCCUUAUUCGUAGAGAGAAUGAACUUCCUUCGAAUGAGCCGAACAGUAGACAGCAAAGAUGGGUAAUGUAUUAUACCGCUAAAGGAACACAUCGAGAGAGUCAGGACGAGAUGAGCGGACGAGAAAAUUGGCCGAAGAUACUCUGCACAUUUCUCUCCAUGAAAAGCAUAAACUAUUGUUCGCCUGUUACAAAUAUUCAGUAUGGAGCCAUGCUUUUGGGUGCUUUGAGUGGGGAAUUCAGUGUACGGAGGGUGCUUCUGAUGACUGUGCUUUGCGAAUAGUGCAAUGAAGACGGUGCUAAGACCAAUGAUCGCCUGCCA